CUGUCCCGUCCCUCUCGCAGCCGAGCUGGUGGUGGACAAGGCCAUGGAGCUGAAGUACGUGGGGGGCGUCUAUGGAGGGAACAUUAAACCCACGCCCUUCUUGUGCUUGACGCUGAAGAUGCUGCAGAUCCAGCCCGAGAAGGACAUAAUCGUGGAGUUCAUAAAGAACGAAGACUUCAAGUAUGUUCGAAUGCUUGGAGCGCUGUACAUGAGACUGACAGGCACUGCCAUCGACUGCUACAAGUACCUGGAACCGCUGUACAACGACUAUCGGAAAAUUAAAAGUCAGAACAGAAAUGGGGAAUUUGAGCUGAUGCACGUGGAUGAAUUUAUUGAUGAGCUACUCCAUGAGGAACGUGUUUGUGACAUCAUCCUGCCUCGACUGCAGAAACGGUAUGUUCUGGAAGAAGCUGAGCAACUUGAGCCUCGUGUUAGUGCUCUGGAAGAAGACAUGGAUGAUGUAGAAUCUAGUGAGGAGGAGGAAGAAGAAGAUGAAAAGCUGGAGCGGAUCCCGUCUCCUGACCACCGCAGAAGGGGCUACAGGGACCUGGACAAGCCCCGCAGGUCUCCGGUGGUGCGCUACCGGCGCAGCCGCAGCCGGUCCCCAAGGAGGCGCAGUCGCUCUCCGAAGAGAAGAAGCCCAUCACCGCGCCGGGAGCGGCAUCGCAGCAAAAGCCCAAGAAGGCACCGGAGCAGAUCCCGGGAGAGGCGCCACAGAUCGAGAUCUAAAUCUCCAGGGCAUCACCGUAGUCACAGACACAGAAGUCAUUCCAAAUCACCUGAAAGAUCUAAGAAAAGUCACAAAAAGAGUCGGCGAGGGAAUGAAUAACAAACAAAACCCAGCCCACCGUUUAAGGACCUUGAACUGCAGUCUCAUGCUGUCCUAUUUGUUCUACAGGAUAGCUGGCUCUGUACCGGCUGCUUUAGCAGUCCCUUUCUUCAAUCUUUCUCAUUUUGUUGUCUUGGAUUUUUUUAUUAAAGGUAAGCCAAGGAUACCUUUUAUGUAGUUAGUUACACGUCCUUGUGAUAGAAUUUGAAGGUUGUUUUUUAAUUGUUGAAGCCUGUUAUAACUUAAUGAAGAGCAAUAAAGAAAAGGAAGGUUUGUCUUUA